AUGAAGAUCUGGAGACAUUUAAAGGUUUACCAAGCAGCAGAAUUCAAAUCUAUUUUUGACCUUGGUAGUUCUUUAAAAGUAUUGGUAUUAGACCUCUCAAGUGUGAAGCAUUUAGACCCCGACCUAGACACUCAUCACUGCAAGGAGUGGCUGUCUUCAUUUGAAUUAAGACUGGAUGUGUCUGGCCAUGACAACAUGCAUACAUUGCGGGAAGAGCAGGAAAGUCCAAUCUCCUUUCACUUAAAUUUAUGUUACCACAUUUCCGGUAAUGUAAAUACCCAAUAUCCUGGGCAUGUAUCGUUAUAUUGCUUUGGAUUACUUUGUGAUGAGUGUGUUAUUUGGGGAGUCUUAACUAUAGAUGGGGUUUGGUAA